AAAAAAAAAAUGUAAAAUGAAUUUUCUAUAUUAAAAAAGAAAUUCUUUUGUUUUUGAAAGAAACCUUCCAAAUAAUCGUGUUUUGAAUCGUCAUUUAAGGAAAAAAAUUAUUUUUAUAACAAUUUUCUUCAAUUCUUAUCAGUAUUUUUAUUAACGUCUUAUUAAGCGAAACGGCUUCCAUUUUUAAUAUGGAACAUUUAAUGACUGCUUUUAUGCCGCCUGCUUAUUUAUUGGGUCAUCCAACGGCGACAGCGGCUUUAUCGUCGACAUCGGCCUCUACCUCACCAGCUACAUCACCAAAUGUGUCCCACUGUUCGACAGCACUUAGUAAACCGAAACGUUGGGGUUCUCCACCUAUUAAUAUGGGCGGUCAAUUUAUAAAUCCUGCCACCGGCAAGAAACGUGUUCAGUGCUCGAUAUGUUUGAAAACGUUUUGCGAUAAAGGAGCUCUAAAAAUACAUUUUUCGGCGGUGCACUUGCGUGAGAUGCACAAAUGCACGGUUGAGGGUUGUAAUAUGGUCUUCUCGUCACGGCGUUCGCGGAAUCGUCAUAGCGCAAAUCCGAAUCCCAAAUUGCAUUCACCGCAUAUAAGGCGCAAAAUAUCGCCACAUGAUGGUCGAACGGCUCAACAAUUUCCCGUGUUUCCCUUGCCGCCUGCUGCCUUAAUGACCGGAGCUACCACAAUGCCUGCCUUCCCUGGCCUUAUACCGUCUAAUGCCGCUGGAUUUGUGCCUGCACCUCAUCCUGCUGCCAUGUUUAGUGAAUUCGCUACAACUACGCCAAGUUUUCAGCAUAUGCUUAGCAGUAAUCCAGAGCGUUUGAUUGUCCCCAAUAGACAAUCGACAAUGACUACGCAUUCGAGUGGCACUUCAAAUGCUUCCGAUAACGACGAUGACGAAAGCUAUAUAUUAGAUGUUCAAGGUUCAAAUACUAGUCAAUCGGGGAGCCAUAGCGAUAUGGAUGAUUAUUGUCGUGACAUAAUUGAGGAAGAACAAACCGAUGAGCAUAUUUCGGUUUCGGUUGAAGAGGGGGAACGAGAAGAAGAAGAAGAUGAUGAUGAUGAAGAAGAAGAACGGGACGAAUUAGAAGAUACAAAAACCCUAGUCCAACAACCACAAAGUGACGAUUCUAAUGAACCUUUAGACUUUAGUUUAAAUAAGCGUUCCGCUGAGCUUACCGCAGCGCCUUUAAACGAGAAAUUACCUCUAAAGCCAGUUCACAGCUUUUCAAUGGACAGUCUUUUGGGUAAAAGAAAAAUCGAUUCGUGUGAGAAGGAAAUGUCUUGCGGCACAAUUUCGCCGGUUACAAUAAAAAUGGAAAACGAUAUCGAUGAAUAUGAAAAUUCAACGAUGAGACACAAUUGUCUUGACUUGUCGAUGACGCAACAACAUAUUAAAAAAUCCCAAUUGGAUUUUAUAACAGGACAUCACUCACCUCUCAGCCCCGAACAGCAUCAUUUCAGAUUGUUGCAAUCACAAAUGUUUGCUGCUGCAGCGGCGGCGGCAGCUUGUCAAAAUGAAAAUAAUAAGAAUUCUGUUACGCCUAGUGCUACUCCCAUGUGGAAUUUACUUUCCGAGGUAUAUCGAUCAAUGUUAAUGAAAAACAACAACAAAGCCAAUAAUAAUCAUAAGAAUAAUAAUCAUAAUAAUAAUAAUAAUAAUAAUAAUAGUAAUAGUAAUAGUAACAAUAAUAAUCUGAAAAGUCAACAGCAAUAUAACGAAAUCUCCACAAAUGCUAUCUCAGUUUAAGACCUCAUAUCCUCAGUUUUCUUAGUAUUAGAGAGGCAGGCUGACUUAAGCAAAAAACCCUUGGCUCCUCUAGGUUGUUUGUUGCAUAGUUAUAUAGAUAAACAUUUUAUUUAAAUGAUUAGGUUGUUUAAAAGUUAAAUAA